CUCUGGGACCAAUGAAUAGUGAGGCAUUCAAGACUGCAUUAGCAAAUGGAUUUCUGGCUGGACUGAAUAAUUCAGUAUACGUAUUUGCUGGUGUGGGAGUCUUUGCCCUCGUAAUUAUUAUAAUUGGAGGAUGGGCGCUUAGGAAGAACAUCCGAAAAUCCAAACUUCCUGAUGAGGAGCAACCAAACAUCAGCCCCGUCAUCAGGAAAGCUUCUCUGAAAAAGGAGAAGAUAAAAAAGAAAACAAAGAAGGAGAAAAAGGAGGUGGAACAGAAGGAUGAAGAUGAGGAGGAAAUUAAGUUUGAGAAGGAGGUGAAGGUGCAGAAGAAGAAGGAUGAAAAAUCAGGGGAAGCUCAAAUUGAAACCAAAGAGAAAGCAGUACAGACAGACGGCACACAAGAAGUAAAAUGGAAACUUUUGGAGUUUUGGAUCAAUAAAGACCUAGAAGUACAGAGACGGCGAGAGGAAGAACUAAGGGAGGAGGAAGAGUUCUUUAGCUAAAGAUACCAGAGCUACGUGUACCAGCCAGGGCUCUGCCUCUUCUGCCACUCCUGUGUGCCAAUAUGUCCCGCUCCUGAGAAACCAUCUUGUAUUGUCAUCCUUCUUAUCUCUACCUCUUAUUGGGAAUUCUCCAUGGUUACUAAUUAAUAAAAUUAGACCAAGUAAA